AUGAAUGAAGAAUUUACACGCCUUCCCCGUUGCCUUGGAACAGACAUUCCAAUGUUCGGGGCAUUUUCGUUUUCAAGCGGUUACAAAAGUUUUUCUUCUGCUAUGGAAAACAAACCUAAUCCUCGCUUUUACCGUUGUCCUCACCGUUUCAGAAGGAAGACACAACAAGUGUCGGUAAGUAUGUUCAUCAAUUUCCCUUCAGUUUUAUUUCAUGCUUACCACUAAGAUUUUUUCUUUUUCUUGUAGAUUGAUAUGAUUGUCGCUAUAGGAAACAAAGAUAAACUACAGUAAAAACCCGCGUAUAAGAACCUAGGUUUUUCCAGGUUAGCCUAAACAGGUUCUUAUAUAAAUGGUAUUUAGUGUAAAAUUAGGCUAACUAGGUUCUUAAGGUACCCGCCCAGGCAAAUUUUCAUGUUUUCAGAUCUUAUUUAUUUUAAGCCCAAUUGUAGUUUAUGUCAUCUAAUAUUCAAAAAAAAAGUUUUUUUCUGAAUACAGAGAAGAGUAAAUGCUGCAGAAGGUUGCAAAGUUUUGCAUUUAAACCGGAAGUCAGCCCCUUUGACCGAGGAAGGAUCUGGGCUGGUUACUAGGUGUUCAUGCUGUGCGCGCAAUAUUAUCCAGCGGUUUCACCGAAAAGAUUUGCUGGACAUCAAUCUGGAAAUCAAGAUGGCGGCAAAUAGAGGCAUUCUUCUCGCCAAGCAAGAGGCCGCAUUUGAAGCGUUCCGUGCUGAAUUCACAAAAGAAGGGUAUGUUCAUUGCCGUCUUUUCAUUGAUUCUCUUUUUUCUUUAUUUCAUUGACAUUAUCUUAUUUUAUUGCAGUCUCACCAUUCCAGAAGGACUGAUAGCGCUCUUGAAAACUACGAAAGUCAAGGCCAACCACUCUCCGGACGAGAGCCGAGCACGGCUCUACAAACGCCUUUGGUGUAUUUUGUGGGUAAGUCGCUAUACUAUUCGAAAAGGCCAUUCCUUCAGUAUUAAGUAGAAGAGGUCCUUCACUAGUCAAUGCGUUGGCAGUGCUUACAAAGUAUAAAUAUUAUCACUUGUCGGCUCUCGUGCGUGUGAAAAUGUUACUUUUCUUUAGCGGCUAGUAAUCCAUGUAGUGUAACUAAUUUCUUCAAAUACACUGCUACUUUUCUUGUGUGAACCUUCCAUGCAGUGUCAAUGAUUUAUUCAAGGCAACAGACAUUUUUAGUUAGAUGAAAUGUUCAACAGUAACUUCAUUUUUACUAAUUCAUUUUGUUCACCUCUUUUGUAUAGCAUGGAAGUAAAAAAACGCUUGGAGCUGGUGCAGGAGAAUGGCCUACAUAUGUUUAUCCUGAAGCGUUAAAAAGGGUCGUUAGAGAAUUUAUACCUGGGGAUGAAGUAGAUAGGCCAGACCCCACACAUAAGAGGGUAAGUUUAGUGUUUCUGUGCUUGUUAAUACAGGAUUGAUUUUCCCUUUUUAAAAAAACUGUCAAAUAUUGUUUGUUUUGUAGGGUUCUAAACAAAACAGUCACUUUCAAUAUCAAUGGUAGUUAUCACUAUCAUGUGGUUUUUUUUUUUCUUCUCAACUUUGGAUUUAUAACUGCAAAGAUCUUGGUUGAUUAACCCACUUCUUAUUUAUAAUGUGUGUCUUCCAGGUUUACAAGGUGACAAUGGCAGACCUUGCUGCGGCAACAUGGCCUCAGUACAAAACAAAGAAAACCCAUUGA